AUGACAAACACCUCAGUUAACUCCACCCCACGACAACAGCAAGGGGCAGGGAGAAGGAAAUCACAAAUCCCCACAAAACUACCGCACAGUUUCGAAAGUCCCAACCGUUUUGAUGCCUUGGGGGACUCGGAUGAGGAAGGCGAGACAACCGCCACCCCAGACGUCAACCCGCCGCCGCCACCACAACAAACUCCACAAAGGGAAACAUCAGCAGCUCCAACCGCUACGUCGCACGACGACAACUCGACUCCCGCCGUCGAGGGUCAGCAACAGUCCACCGACAGCGGAGAGGACGAGACAAAUCCCAGAAAUGUCCCACCAAUAGUGGUGUACCAACUAGAGGGAUACACAAAACUUAACAAAGCGAUAAAAGACAAGAUAUCAGGCCCCCUAAAGGCCAUCUUCCGGGGUGACUCAGUAAAGUGCCCCAUGGACCCAAAUAAUAGCUGCCUAACCGCCAAAGAGGAUGUUGUCCCGACAGAUCGCACUCUGUCGGCGGCAGCAUCCGCCACACCACCCGCCUACAGCGAUACCGCGUCCACGGUCGGCGCUUCUUGCGCCCCCUCAGGCUACCACCCCAUCUCUGCAGUUGAGCUGUUCGUGAUUAUGAAUCGCGCAGCAAAGCCAACAACACCCGCAGAAAAAGAGGCCGCGGAAAAGGCGUACAAACUUUUCGUGCGCCACGAAUUAAGCGCCGCCCUGGCACAGCUGCCGCCAACAGAGGCUUCCUAUCUGCUGAGUGGACUGCCGCGCUCGGCCUUAGAAGAGGUGAUUGUUCCGCCGGGAGUCCUGCCGGGUGUAGCAACCCAAGACGCUGCUGCCCCGGCGGAGGCGGCCCCGAGUGGUGUUGCGUCACCAGACGUGGCUACUCAAGAAGCCAGUGCUCUGCUGAUCGCCCCAACGGACAAUUCCAGUGAAGAAGCCGCUAGUGCGCCAGUCCUCGCCGUGCAGGGACUGACUGACAGCGACCACCCAAACCCAACACGGCACCCAACAACGCCAGUUCUACUAGAAAUUCCUGAAGCCAACCUGGGGACACUUCUAUCGGCAGAAAUGCCGAUGGAUGCGCAACAGGCAUCACGGAAACGACCAGCCACCUCCGACUCCGAGGAACAAACUGCAGCAACCGCGCCUGAAGGGCGCCAAACAAAAAAGAAGGCUGCUGCUGCAGACGCACCCACAGCGCCCCCUACAGCCGAGGAAGACGGUUUUACCGUACCAAACCGGCGGCACACUGCCAAGCCCAAAAGGCUUGAGAAGGUGCUCGCCCCACCGCCAGCCACAUCAAAUCGGUUCGCAGAGGCAACCGAAGUUGUCAUGGAAGCGGAACCCGCCGCCCCAGCACGUAAACAGACACGCCCCCCUCCAGUAAUCGUGACGUGGGACGACGAGUUCAUGGACCUCCGCCGCAUGAUUAAAGAAGUGGUGGAAGUAAAGUGGAAUGGGGUCGUCGCCGUCGUCGUCUGCAUCUUCUUGCAGCAGCGCUUCUGCCUCUUGAUCGAUGUUAUUGACACGCUGGGGGUCCACUCCCUCAUUCAGCGGACGAAAGUUGACUUCAAAUGA